AUUUGUCCUCGUGGCCUGUGUCUUACCAUGUGUGGUAUCUUUUUCUCGCUCGCAGCCUCAAAUUCCGUGCUUCCAAAUGAGGAGACUUGCGCGCUGCUACGGGGCCGAGGCCCGGACAACUAUCAUGCUCACACUAUCCAACGGAAGGUGAUCGACACGCAUUUAACUAGCGGAGCUUCCGCAACUAUCUUCCUUAGCUUCGUCUCUACUCUUUUGUCGAUGAGAGGCGAUCAUGUGGUUCCUCAGCCCCUGGUAGAUGCCACUACUGGAUCUGUGCUCUGCUUUAAUGGUGACGCUUGGAAGAUCGACGGUGAACCAAUUGAUGGCAACGAUGCUGAGCUUAUCUUUAGCCUCUUAUUGAAAGCAGUGGACAGGCCAACUGCAGACUCACCUGAACAGCAGGACUCUACAGGUGCCACUCAAAGGGUUGUGGAUGUUGUCAGUAGCAUAUCCGGUCCUUUCGCCUUCGUGUUCUAUGAUGCCAUCAACUCGAGGAUAUUCUUCACCAGGGACUGCCUGGGCCGACGCUCUUUGCUGCAGGGUGUUGAUGAUAAGGGGAACUUCAAGAUCUGCAGUCUGUGUGACAGCACAUCUGCCAACCAUUUCAGUGAGGUUGAGACAGAUGGAAUAUACAUGAUCGAUCUCGAGCAUGCUUUUGAUACCCCAGCUAGCGGCAGUGCCGCUAGUUUUGCUAUAGACAGCAUACACACCCUGCCCUGGGAUCAGGACCAAUCUCAUCUCCGCCCAAGAAACCCCAUUCCUUCAAUGAAUAGAUCUCUCCCUGAUGGUUCGAGUGCCCCAUCACUGACUACCGAAACGCCAGUCAUCUCAGCCCUGGAGCAGAAGCUACACCAAUCCCUUGCCCUACGGAUUCAGAACGUGCGAGAACCUCCGACCUCGCCAACAGGUAGCCGAGUCAAAGUUGCCGUGUUAUUCUCGGGAGGCCUCGACUGCUCCUUACUCGCCAGACUAUCCCACGAAAUUCUCCCUGAAGACGAAACAAUUGACCUACUUAACGUCGCAUUCGAAAACCCCCGCGUUGCCGCUGCAGCCGCCAAACAAGGCGGAGCUGUGGGCUCCGUAUACGAAAGCUGCCCCGAUCGAAUGACAGGUCGGUCAGCAUUCGCGGAGCUCCAGAAGGUCUGUCCUAGCCGAAAUUGGCGGUUUGUCGCCAUCAACAUCCCCUACACUGAGACUCUCGCGCACCGAGACACCGUGAAACGGCUGAUGAGGCCGCACAACACGGAGAUGGAUCUGUCCAUCGCAUGUGCAUUGUACUUUGCCUCUCGGGGACAAGGUCAAGCGUACGAUAGCCACCCGCAAGAAGGCUCCCAUGAACCGACCCCGUACACCACGUCCGCCCGCGUCCUCCUUUCCGGCUUGGGGGCAGACGAGCUCUUCGCAGGCUACUCAAGACACGGGGUCGCAUUCUCGCGUGACGGCUUCGCAGGCCUCAUCGAGGAGAUCAACCUCGAUGUCAGCCGUCUAGGGAAACGCAACCUGGGACGUGACAACCGAGUCAUCGCACACUGGGGUCGCGAAGCGCGCUUCCCGUUCCUGGACGAGGACUUCGUGUCCUGGGUCGUGCAAUUACCCGUCUGGGAGAAAUGUGGAUUCGGAACCACCGCCACUGAACUCCCCUCAGAAGCGGGAAUCGACUCGGAGAAGAAAGCGCUGCGCCUGGUCGCUCUCCGCCUAGGCAUGACCAGCGUUGCCCGUGAGAAGAAACGCGCCAUCCAGUUCGGAUCCCGAACCGCCAAGAUGGAAAAGGGUAGAGUGAAAGGCACCGACGCGCUCAGCUGAAUGAACAAUCUUCCUCAUGCCACUCUCCCCUUCCCUUCCCCUUCCUUGGCCUAGCCCAGACAAUAGACAACAGCACUACCCUUUAACCCCGUGUCCCCAUCAACCUUAUACCCUCAAGUAUCCCCUCCCCGUGAUCAGCAAAAAGACCAGCAAUGAUGACACAACCAAGAAUCAGAUACUUCCGAGACCAAGCUCCACCUAGCUAGUCCUACCUCCUCAUCCAAGCCAACCUCAUUUUUCAAACCUUCCCACCUAUCUCAAAUCCUCCAACAACGAGUCACCAUUCAUACAUACCCCCUUUAUCCACACCCAUAAACACAUGUCACUCAUCCCCAACAGCAUGGGACUGCAACCG